AUAUAACUCAAUACCCCCUCAAAAACCCCAAUCAAAACCUUUGAAACAAUCCAGCAGUCCGCGCCAAACACAGGCGCAGAGUUUGUUUGUACUAGGGUUCAGGGUUUAACCGGUAAACCCCGUUCCAAAACCCUAGCAUUAACCGAACAUGAGGCGCUUUCCAACACCCUCCGGACCGCGCCUGCUCUACACUCUCUACAAUUCACCCGGAAAAGCGCCGCUGUCGGGAUCUCCAUCUCCGUCGCCAGCCAGUGCUGCACUCCUCGGAACCUUCCAUUUCCGGAAUUUCUCGUCGGGUAACGUAGCGCGAGCAAAGGAGGAGAAGGAGCCAUGGUGGAAGGAGUCGAUGGAGAAGCUUCGCAACAUUGGGAUCUCUGCCCACAUUGAUUCCGGCAAGACUACGCUCACUGAGCGUGUUUUGUUUUAUACUGGGAAGAUCCAUGAGAUCCAUGAGGUUAGAGGGAGAGAUGGAGUCGGUGCUAAGAUGGAUUCCAUGGAUUUGGAGAGGGAGAAAGGAAUUACUAUCCAGUCUGCCGCCACUUACUGCACUUGGAAUGGAUAUCAGGUUAAUAUUAUUGACACCCCUGGUCACGUUGAUUUCACCAUAGAGGUUGAGAGGGCGCUGCGUGUUCUUGAUGGUGCCAUUCUUGUACUUUGUAGUGUUGGUGGGGUGCAAAGUCAGUCAAUUACUGUUGAUCGGCAAAUGAGAAGAUACGAGGUUCCAAGACUUGCAUUUAUUAAUAAACUUGAUAGAAUGGGAGCAGAUCCGUGGAAAGUUCUUAACCAGGCACGGUCUAAGCUUCGGCAUAACAGUGCUGCAAUGCAAGUACCUAUUGGAUUGGAAGAAGAUUUUAAGGGUCUUAUAGACCUUGUGCAGUUAAAAGCUUACUAUUUUCAUGGUACUAGUGGUGAAAAGGUUGUUGCUGAAGACAUUCCUGCUGAUAUGGAGGCCUUAGCAAUGGAAAAAAGGCACGAAUUAAUUGAGACUGUCUCUGAAGUUGAUGAUAAACUUGCUGAGGCAUUUCUUAAUGAGGAGCCUAUAUCAUCUACUGAUCUUGAGGAUGCAAUUCGCAGGGCAACCAUAGCUCAGAAAUUCAUACCUGUAUUUAUGGGAAGUGCAUUCAAAAACAAGGGUGUGCAGCCACUUUUGGAUGCUGUGCUUACUUAUUUGCCCUGUCCAGUAGAAGUUAAUAACUAUGCACUGGAUCAGACAAAGAAUGAAGAGAAGGUUACAUUAUCUGGAACACCAGAUGGACCUCUUGUGGCCUUGGCCUUUAAAUUGGAGGAAGGUCGUUUUGGGCAAUUGACAUAUCUAAGAAUAUAUGAAGGUGUCAUUCGGAAGGGUGAUUUCAUCAUCAAUGUUAACACUGGCAAGAAAGUUAAGGUUCCUCGCUUGGUUCGGAUGCAUUCUAAUGAGAUGGAGGAUAUUCAAGAGGCACAUGCUGGGCAAAUAGUUGCUGUAUUUGGUGUAGAUUGUGCAUCAGGUGAUACGUUUACUGAUGGAUCAGUUAGAUAUACCAUGACUUCUAUGAAUGUUCCUGAACCAGUGAUGUCAUUAGCUGUUCAACCAGUCUCAAAAGAUUCUGGAGGACAAUUUUCAAAGGCUUUGAAUCGAUUCCAGAGAGAGGACCCCACUUUUCGUGUUGGUUUGGAUCCUGAGAGUGGGCAGACAAUCAUUUCUGGAAUGGGAGAGCUACAUUUGGACAUAUAUGUUGAACGCAUUCGGAGAGAGUAUAAGGUUGAUGCUACUGUUGGAAAACCUCGUGUGAACUUCAGAGAAACUGUUACUCAACGGGCUGAGUUUGAUUAUCUACAUAAGAAGCAAACUGGGGGACAAGGUCAAUAUGGAAGAGUAUGUGGAUAUAUUGAACCACUUCCUCCAGGGUUGUCGACCAAGUUUGAAUUUGAAAACUUAAUUGUUGGACAAGCUAUUCCAUCAAAUUUUAUCCCAGCUAUUGAGAAGGGUUUUAAAGAAGCAGCUAAUUCGGGCUCAUUAAUUGGACACCCAGUUGAAAAUGUUCGUAUAUGUUUAACAGAUGGAGCUUCUCAUGCAGUGGAUUCCAGCGAACUUGCAUUUAAGUUAGCUGCAAUAUAUGCAUUUAGAAAGUGUUAUACAGCAGCAAGACCUGUGAUAUUGGAGCCUGUUAUGCUGGUGGAUUUGAAAGUACCCACAGAAUUUCAGGGCACUGUUGCUGGCGAUAUUAACAAGAGAAAAGGUACCAUUGUUGGAAAUGACCAGGAUGGAGAUGAUUCUGUUAUUACUGCCCAUGUCCCUCUAAACAAUAUGUUUGGGUACUCAACGUCUCUACGUUCAAUGACACAGGGGAAGGGUGAGUUCACAAUGGAAUACAAAGAGCAUUUAGCCGUAUCACACGAUGUGCAGACGCAACUGGUGAACAAUUACAAGGGCACAAAGGAGGCUGAAUAAUCACUCGGUGGUUGGAGAGUCGUGUCUUCAUUAUAGUUUUCUUUUUUGAUUUUAAAUUAUAUAGUGAUUCUUGUAGUCGUAAAGACGACCUUCAAUCGUAAUCCAGAAAUUUUGAUGAAAACUAAUAAAAUUUUAAUUACGCAUGAUGCAGAUGAAGAUAAUUAAUGUCAAAUAAUUAUCAUGUAUAACAACAUUAUUAUAUCAAAUAAUUCUUCCCAAUUGGGACUUUUGAAA